AUAUCCCUUUGAAUUGCUGGUUAGUUACCUAGUUUGGAAUUCCCCGGAAGUGAGGUGGCUACUUGGAGGAGCAAGCCAAAGAUAAACACGUAUCCGAGAGACUCAGGCGUCUUUGGGACUGGGGUAUAAAUGUUAGUAAACUAGACAGCGAAAUGCUUGAAGAAUGGGAACGUAAUUGGUCGUGAUAUAGUUGAGGGAGCCGACAUAUUUUGUAAUCCUAGUGAACGCCCCAAUCAAGGCGGUUGGAACAAGCUCAGCAAGUGCAUUCCGUGGCGAAAACGUCAUCGAAUCCAUAAUUCCCGCACAAUGGUGCGUGCUGCCCUGGUGACUGCCACCAGUCUGGCUCUGACUGGCGCAGUGAUUGCCCAUGCCUACUUGCUCAAACACCAGUUCUACCCCACUGUGGUCUACCUCACCAAGAGUAGCCCCAGUAUGGCAGUGUUGUACAUCCAGGCGUUUGUGUUGGUGUUUCUGUUGGGAAAGUUCAUGCGUAAAGUCUUCUUCGGACAGCUGAGAGCUGCAGAAAUGGAGCAUCUGAUAGAGCGAUCCUGGUAUGCCGUCACAGAGACGUGUCUGGCCUUUACCGUGUUUAGAGAUGACUUCUCUCCCCGCUUCGUAGGCCUCUUCACCCUGCUGCUCUUCAUCAAGUGCUUCCACUGGCUGGCUGAGGACAGGGUGGACUUUAUGGAGAGAAGUCCUAAUAUAUCCUGGGUCUUCCACUUCAGGGUGCUCUCUCUGAUGGUGUUGCUGGGAGUCCUGGACUUCCUGUUUGUCAACCAUGCCUGUCACAGUAUCAUCACACGAGGGGCCUCUGUCCAGCUGGUCUUUGGAUUUGAGUAUGCCAUCCUGAUGACAAUGGUGCUCACCACCUUCAUCAAGUACACCCUCCAUACUGUCGACCUCCAGAGUGACAACCCCUGGGACAACAAAGCAGUCUACAUGCUCUACACCGAGCUCUUCACUGGUUUCAUCAAGGUCGUCCUGUACAUGGCGUUCAUGACCAUCAUGAUAAAGGUGCACACCUUCCCCCUAUUCGCCAUCCGGCCCAUGUACCUGGCGAUGAGGCAGUUCAAGAAAGCCGUUACGGAUGCUGUAAUGUCCCGGCGAGCCAUCCGCAACAUGAAUACACUUUACCCAGAUGCCACUCCUGAAGAUCUGCUGGCUUCAGACAACGUGUGUAUCAUCUGUCGUGAAGAAAUGGUGACUGGAGCCAAGAAACUUCCUUGCAACCAUAUCUUCCACGCAAGUUGCCUUCGUUCCUGGUUCCAGAGACAGCAGACGUGUCCUACAUGUCGUAUGGAUGUCCUCCGGGCCUCUAACCCCAACCAGCCUCCCGCCCCAGCGCCUGCCCAGCCUCCUGCCCCAGCAGCAGCUGCCAACGCCCCUGUCCCUGGUCCACCUGGGAACGUUGGCCCUGGAAUGAUGCCCCACUUCCCCCCAGGGCUGUUUCCUUUCUGGGGCCCCUUCCCUGGAGCGGCCCCCCCUGCUGGUGCUGCUGGCGCCCCAGGGGCCACAGAGGCAGUAGGGGCCACAGAGGCAGCUCAGACUCAGGGAGCUGGCACCACUGGGGCCAAUACAGUCGGUGCUGCUCCUGCUCCAGGAGGCCCUAUGCCUGGGUUCCCCUUCCCCUCUUUCCCUCCCCCACCGUUCCCCUCAGCUCCAUGGCUGACUAUGCCACCUCCACCGUUUGUGUCAUCCAUGCCCCCUCCUCCCCCGGCCCUGUCCACCAUGUCAGAGGCUGAGCUGAGGGAGUUGGAGCAGGAGGGCCGUAGAGGCCUGGAGGCCAGACUGCAGUGUCUCCACAACAUCCACACACUACUGGACGCUGCCAUGCUCAACAUCGACCAAUACCUCACUACCGUCGCCACGCUCACUCCUCCUCAGUCUGAAACCAGCAGCGCUGCUGGCGAGGCCAGUGGAUCAUCUCCUCCCUCCACUAGUGCAGAAACCCAGGAGAAAGACUCUCAGAGCAGUACAGCCCCUGAACCUGAAGCUGUGAAUGGGGCCACAGGUUUCUCCCAGCCAGACUCUACCACGUUGGGCGACAGUGAAGACCAGAGGGAUGAAGAGGAAGGAGAUGGAGAGGAAGUCGCGGAAGACGGAGAGCCCAACCCUUCAGAGCUGAGGCGCCGUCGUCUCCGCAAACUCGAGACCACACCCCCUCCACCUGACCACUAAAACAUGCCUACUGGUGCAUUCUGGGAACUUGACUUAUCAAUCAAUACAUUCGAUGACCAAUUAAUAAUUAUGGCUGUAUUUUAUUUCUCUCCUUUCCCCCCUCCUGGCUCUGUGUUUUGUGUUGUUUAAACUCAGACAGCCAAGAGAGAGGAGGAAGGAACAACUUGUUGUUGUUGGAACACAUAAAAGCAAGAUUCUUUUCUUUUUCUACUGCUUGACAUCUUAUGAUCCAUAUGCAGGUUUUGUCCCCCCCCCCCCCUGUUUACCCAAUACUGAGGGGUCAUAUUCAACACACAGACCGGACUUCUUCAAAUACACACCUGGCCUGAGACCGGACUUCUUCAAAUACACACCUGGCCUGAGACCGGACUUCUUCAAAUACACACCUGGCCUGAGACCGGACGACUUCUUCAAAUACACACCUGGCCUGAGACCGGACGACUCCUUCAAAUACACACCUGGCCUGAGACCGGACGACUUCUUCAAAUACACACCUGGCCUGAGACCGGACGACUUCUUCAAAUACACACCUGGCCUGAGACCGGACGACUCCUUCAAAUACACACCUGGCCUGAGUUCUUGUUCAGUGACAACAAAGUGAAGUGUUUUUAAAUCUCAGGUCACUGGUACUUGUCCUUCCAACUGUGAAAGGUUACUUUUUUCUUUUUUUUCUGCUUGACUGUAAAAUGUAUCCUCCUUAUUGUCCAGCUUGUCAGACUGUGUUACAGGGAGGUCUGACCCAUUGAGUUAAAGGAAGCAAUGUUAAAUUUCAGUCUGGCUUUGUCUGUAAUGAUGCCCUAUUCCCUAUGCAGUGCAUAGGUCUCUGGUCAAGUAGUGCACUAUCUAGGGAAUAGGGUGUCGCGUCCCUAGUGAUGGACGAUUUAAUACUUUCUCUGGGAUAUCAAGACUUUGCUGCAGGCGUGAGCAUUAUAACUUAAUAAGAAAGUGGGUUGAUUUAACCUGUACAUACUGUAAAAAUAGUUUUACUAGGGAUGAUCUGUACAUACUGCAGAAUAAACCAUUGAAAUGUAA